AUGGAUCCAAAAGAAGGUUCACACUUUUCUGUAUGGUUGUUGUUUGUUAAGCAUUUGGUGUGGUUUUUAGAAAAGAACAGUUCAAUGGCUGACAAAAGCAAGAUCUUGAUCAUUGGAGGGACUGGUUAUUUCGGGAAGUUCGUGGUGGAAGCAAGUGCCAAGUCCGGCCACCCAACCUUCGUAUUGGUUAGGGAGACCACUCUCUCUGAUCCAGCUAAAGGAAAGCUUAUUGAAAAUUUCAAGAACUUGGGGGUCACCUUACUUCAUGGGGAUCUUUACGAUCAUCAGAGUUUGGUGAACGCCAUUAAGCAGGUUGAUGCGGUGAUAUCAACUGUUGGUGCUCUGCAACUAGCAGAUCAGACUAAGAUUAUUUCCGCCAUUAAAGAAGCUGGUAAUGUUAAGAGGUUCUUGCCUUCAGAGUUUGGGAAUGAUGUGGACCAUGUUCAUGCUGUUGAGCCAGCAAAAUCUGUAUUUGAGACAAAGGCUCAAAUUCGCCGAGCCACUGAAGCUGCAGGAAUUCCCUACACUUAUGUGCCUGCCAACUUCUUUGCCUCCUUCAUCCUCCCCAUAUUGCUAAAAUCAGGAGGCGACAAAGUCACUAUCCUAGGAGAUGGCAAUGUCAAAGCGAUUUUCAACAAGGAAGAUGACAUUGCAACCUACACUGUAAAAGCUGUAGAUGAUCCAAGAACCUUGAACAAGACCCUCCUCAUUAUGCCUCCUAACAAUAUUUACACUUUCAAUGAGCUUGUUGCUCUGUGGGAGAAGAAGGUGGGCAAGACCCUGGAGAAAAUUUAUGUCCCAGAAGAACAGCUGCUCAAGGACAUCCAAGAUGCUCCAAUUCCAUUUAAUGUUGGUCUUGCAAUCAAUCACUCUAUCUUCAUUAAGGGUGAUCAGACCAACUUUGAGAUUGAUCCCUCAUGGGGGGUUGAGGCUUCUGAGCUAUAUCCAGAUGUCAAAUACAGCACCGUGGAUGAAAUGCUUGAUCAGUUAGUUUGAGGACUUUACAGCGAAAUAACCAUUCAAAUGGUUGCAACUUGCAAGUGGAUGUUUCUGCAAAAUAGUGUUUAUGCUUUUUCUCCUUCCGUGCUGAAUUGUUCUGAUUUAUAUCUACAGCAGCAGUGAUCAGUAUGGAUUUAGAGGAAAGUUCGGAGUUUUAUUAAUUGUCAUCUUCUUAUGAAUAAAACUGCAGAGUGUUCUGCUGAUGAUAAGUUCUUGCAA